CGCCCGCGGGAGGCGCCCCCUGACCCUCGACCUCCUCCGCGUGCGGAGCUCCUCCGUGAUGUCCGUCCGCCAGGAGGACGCGAGGUCAGGGGACGGGGCCGCAUCGUCUCUCUGCGAGGACUCCUUUGAGGGUGAAAGAAGUAUUUCCUUUUACUGAGACCGCGGGUGUAAACUGGAAUCGUCCUGAAAAAGUCAAGAAGCGUGGCUGUUGAGGCCCCAGGAGACCAUGGAGGAUGCUCAGGGCGCCAACCAGAGCCUGACUUCGGAGCCCCAGCCAGCUGAGGGGGAAGCCGAGAGCAUCUCCCCGCAGGCGCCCCUCCAAGAACCGGGGCUGCUUUAUCAGGAGGAAACCAUUGAUCUCGGGGGAGAUGAGUUUGGGUCAGAGGAGAAUGAGACCGUAUCAGAAGAUUCUAAUAAUUUCGUAGAUAAGCUUAGUGAGCACAUGAUGGAGAGUGUCCUCAUUUCUGAUUCUCCGAACAACAGCGAAGACGACACGGGUGACCUUGGUGGGGUGCAGGAUGUUGCGGAGCCUGCAGAAGGCAGUGCUGACCACAGACAAGACAAUGUCAUAGGUAAAGGUGUGGUCGACACUCCCAGUCAGGACAGUGAAAGUGAUGGAGACGAGGCGUCUGAGGACGUUUCCGACGUGACCUCCGACACCAGGGCGCCCUUGAAGGAAGACCCAGAGCCAGAAGGGAAAGCUGCACCCACCUGUGAAAAUGAAGAUGCAGGGAGCCCAGGCCCCAGGCUCCAGGGUGCUUCCCCCGAGGGGUCUGGCCCGUCCUCCACACAGCCCUCUCCCAAAGACGAGCCCGUGCCCGUGUGCACCAUCUUCAGCCAGUCCCAGGCCACGGCCUCCCAGCCGACCCCCUUUCUGCAGGAUGGCUUCGAGUCACAGAUGGUAAAGUCGCCUAGUUUCAGUGGCGCCAGCCAGCCAGCCUCCAAGACCCCUCCCCAGGUGGUCCAGCCAAGCCCCAGCCUGAGCACGUUCUUUGGAGAGACAGCCAACACUAACUCCUUGGCCUCGGACUUCUUUGAUUCCUUCACAACUUCCACGUUCAUUUCCGUCAGCAACCCCAAUGCGGGGGCUUCCGUUCCAGAGCUGUCCUCGCUCGCUCCCCCGGUGGGAGGGAGCUCCCCGGGGAUGGACGCCCCUCCAGAAACCCCUCAGUCUCCAAAGCCAUUCUCCCAGAUCCAGGCUGUGUUCGCAGGGAGCGAGGACCCCUUUGCCACGGCCCUGAGCAUGAGUGAGAUGGACCGGCGGAGGGAUGCCUGGCUGCCCGGGGAGGGGACCAGGGACGUGCUGAUUGCAGUAGCGACCCAGCAGUACAGCACCGUGUUUGUGGACAAGGAGAACCUCACCAUGCCCGGCCUCAAGUUCGACAACAUCCAGGGAGAUGCAGUCAAAGACUUAAUGCUUCGUUUCCUGGGCGAGAAAGCGGCCGCGAAGAGACAGGUCUUAAACGCCAGCUCAGUGGAGCAGUCUUUUGUCGGAUUGAAACAGCUCAUUAGUAAAUGCAGAGAUGUCCUGAGUGGCCUGUUCCGGUUACGGAUCCACUGUGUCUUGCAGAGCUGCAAAAACUGGCGGGCGGCGGUGGACCUAUGCGGGCGCCUCCUCACCGCCCAUGGCCAGGGCUACGGCAAGAGCGGGCUGCCCACCAGCCAUACUGCAGACUCGCUGCAGCUGUGGUUUGUGAGGCUGGCACUGCUGGUGAAGCUGGGCCUUUUCCAGAACGCCGAGAUGGAGUUUGAGCCCUUCGGGAACCUCGACCAGCCGGACCUCUACUACGAGUAUUACCCGCACGUGUACCCGGGGCGCAGGGGCUCCAUGGUGCCCUUCUCGAUGCGGAUCUUGCAUGCGGAGCUGCAGCAGUACCUGGGGAACCCCCAGGGGGCGCUGGACCGGCUGCACCAGGUGAAGGCCGUCUGCAGCAAGAUCCUGGCCCAUCUGGAGCAAGGCCUGGCCGAGGAUGGGAGCAUGAGCAGCAUCUCGCCCGAGAACAGGCAGGCCUCUGUGCAGCUGUGGCGCUCCCGCUUGGGCCGUGUGACCUGCUCCAUGGCCAACUGCCUGCUGCUGAUGAAGGACUACGUACUGGCUGUGGACGCCUACCGCUCUGUCAUCCAGUUCCACCCUGAGCAGGAGCCGCAGCUGCUCAGCGGCAUUGGCCGCAUUUUCCUUCAGAUUGGAGACAUAAAGACAGCUGAGAAGUACUUUGAGGAUGUGGAGAGAGUGACACAGAAACUCGACGGGCUGCAAGGGAAGAUCAUGGUGUUGAUGAACAGAGCCUUCCUCCACCUUGGUCAAAAUAACUUUGCGGAAGCCCACAGAUUCUUCACGGAAAUUUUAAAGACUGACCCAACAAAUGCAGUGGCCAACAACAACGCCGCUGUGUGCCUGCUCUACCUGGGCAGGCUCAAGGACUCUCUGCGGCAGCUGGAGGCCAUGGUGCAGCAGGUGCCCGGCCACUACCUGCACGAGAGCGUGCUCUUCAACCUGACCACCAUGUACGAGCUGGAGUCCUCCCGCAGCACCCAGAAGAAGCAGGCGCUGCUCGAGGCCGUUGCCUGCAAGGAGGGGGACAGCUUCAACACCCAGUGCCUCAAGCUGGCCUAGGCCCUGCGACUGAAGCUCCAGGCUCCUGGGAGCCGCCCUGGGACUGCGGCUGGCUCAGUGAGCCUCUCACUGGGCUCUGGGAGCAUGUCUCCUGGUCCAGAGCACCAAGGCCAUGCUGUUGGGCAGCUUGUUCAACUCCAGCCAGUGACCGGGCAGCCCUGCACAUCUAUGAGUACACAGCAAACGUGCCGCAAGGGGGGAUGCAGAGAACGUCUGUAAGACACACCAGGGCCCUUCUGUUUGUUCCUGGAAGCUGAGCUACUUGAUGUGUUAAUUCUGAGUAUCCUCAGAGAAAAGCUGGAAAAUGUAAUAUAAACUGUUCCCUCUGCC